UGGUAAUUUAAAUAGCCCCUUGCGCAAUUUGAUGAAUUGUGUCGCUGUCAAAAGCGUUAGAAACAGAUGAAGGCAUGUUGAUAGACCAACAGCUGUAACAGAGAGGAGAGGAAGAGAAGCUGCGUCAUGUCUCAUCCUCGCGGUUACAUGUAGGCUAGUCAUUUAUCUUCGGUGCUGGAUGUCGGGGAGACUUUGCUCAACUAUUACCGUCACCGUGCAGUCCCGGGUUUUAUGCUUUGCCUUUUCUGGAAAGCCAUGGAGACCAGAACAUGUCAAAUCUAAGUGCGGUUUUACAACUCUAAACGUGUCGAGGUUCUUGUGAAUAUUUCUUCCACCUUCUCAAACUUGAACGCAGGAGGAAAACCUUUGGCUCGGCAAGGAUCCUCUGAGGGCCCACAUCAGCAUGGUGAACAGCCAAGUGUCAGGCGUACCACCGGCCCCCAGGUUGUGUGCAGGAUGCGGGGGGAAGAUUGCCGACCGCUUCCUGCUCUUCUCCAUGGAACGCUACUGGCACACUCGCUGCCUCAAGUGCUCUUGCUGCCAAGCCCAGCUGGGGGACAUUGGCACCACCUGCUACAGCAAAGGGGGCAUGAUUCUGUGUCGGAGUGACUACAUCAGACUGUUCGGGCACAGCGGGGCAUGCAGCGCCUGCGGCCAGUCGAUCCCAGCCAACGAAAUGGUGAUGAGGGCACAGGGAAAUGUUUACCACCUCAAGUGUUUCAGCUGUGCCACCUGUAGAAACAGACUGAUGCCUGGCGAUCGCUUCCAUUACAUCAACGGUACAAUCUUCUGUGAGCAUGACAGACCUGACGCUGCCUUGCUCAACAGUCACCUGCCUCCACUUCAGAGCAACUCUGUGCUGACAGACCAGAAGGUAUGCUGAGUGCUGCAUGUUGGCCCUGCCCUUCCUCCCGAGCUUCACUUCUCUUUGGUGCACUAUUCUUCUCCUGCUACUGUCGCCGCUGUUGUGGAUUCUCAUCACCGCCCCACCUCUCUUGCCUGGAGACGACGUAGUUUCUCACCAAAAUAUCCCGUCCGUCACCCUAUCAGAGACUCAAUAUACUGCAUACAAAGUCACAUUUAUGUUGUGUUCAAUGUUAAAAUGGUCUGUGCAUCAUGCAAAGACUGCAAUGGCAAAAGGCUCCUUUGGGACUAAGAGAAAGCUGGAGGAAACAAUGACGACGAAAGCCUGUGCCAACUGGAAGAUGAAAGAUGCUUGAAUGAACGUUUGAUGGACUGCUGUAAAAUGACUGUCAAAGCUUUGCUUAUGCCAUGUGGCAUUGUUUCCCCUUAGCAUCAGUGUUUUAAUGAACUCUUGAUCUCUGUCUUGUAUAUGUAAAUCUGAGAUCUUACACACUGAGGAUUGAAUAUAAUAUUGAUGUCAGGCAAGUAUCUGAAAAUGUUCAGUCAUAGGAAAACCUUUUAAAUGAGUUUAAAAACUGCUUGUCAGAAGUGAGAUUCUAACCCGCAUCAGAAACCUUUUUUAAACACUUAAGAUAAAUAAAAAUCUAAUGUUGCUACUACCUAUGAUAACUGAUUUUUCACACCCACAAAUAACUGAAAUGAUCGAGUGAAGGUUUUGUAUUUUUUUUCUUCUGUAGAGUUUUAUUUCUUUACCAGAUGCCUGUUCAAUGUGUGGAAAAAAAAAAGUUGUGGAGUUGAAAGCAAAGAUCCUAUUAAAAUGAUUUUCCUGUUACAUGUCA